CUGUGCAUGUUGUUGUUGGAGCCACUGGCCCUUCGGGGGACGGUGGGGCACUCUCAUCAUCAGUUCAAAGCGAUUUCUCUGUAACAACAGAAGAGAACUGCGACGCAGCCAACAGCGCUAGCGCUAGCGACAAGUGACGCGCUCAAGCAGAGAUAAAUAAUAAGCACAUCAAGAAAAAGCAUCAAACGCAAACAAAAGAAUAAAAAGAGCGACAAAAGCAAUUCCUGUGAUUUGCAACAAUUUGUGGGCGUUAUUAUUUGUGAUUGUGUGUGUCUGUGUGUGUGGGACUUAUUAUUAUUAGCAGCAGAGUAACGGAACAGCUGCUGCGAUGAGCAUCAGCACCGACCAGGAGACGGCACCAAUUGCAGCGCCUCGCAAUGGCGGCGCAGCAAAUGUGUUGCGCAGCUUUGGCUCCCUCUUUGGCGGAAGCGAAAGCACUAGACCAAUGACGCCGCAGUCCAGUGAUGGCUAUGUGGAGUUUGGCAUGCAGGAUCCAGAGCGCAAUGGACGCACCUUGGGGACCUUUGCUGGUGUCUUUAGUCCCGUCGCCUUGUCCAUGUUUAGCGCCUUAGUCUUCAUACGUGUCGGUUACGUUGUGGGCAAUGCGGGCUUGUAUGUAACGCUUCUACAGUUCCUCAUCGCCUAUGCUAUACUGCUGUUUACGGUAGCGUCCGUUUGUGCCAUUUCCACCAAUGGCGCCAUCGAAGGUGGAGGUGUCUACUUCAUGAUCAGUCGCACAUUGGGCUUAGAGUUUGGCGGCUCCAUUGGCACUCUAUUCUUUUUUGCCAAUGUUGUGGGCUGUGCCAUGGCCAUUGCCGGCUGCACUGAGGGCAUAAUAGACAAUUUUGGCAAGGACGGACAGUUCGUCUUACAUUCUGAUUCAUAUCUGCCGGAUAGCGAUUGGUAUCGCUUCCUCUAUAGCAGUAUAAUCAACACAUGCAUGUUGCUCGUCUGUCUGGUGGGCGCCGCCCUCUUCGCCAAGACGUCAGUGCUUAUUUUGGGAGUCGUGACCAUUUGCCUGUUUGCUACUUAUAUCAGCUUUCUUUCGGUUGGCCCCACCGAUGACACGAUUUCCGUGCCCUUAACAAACACUUUGCUAAAUGGAACGAAAUUUCUUCCCUACACUGGACUCAGCGCAACGACAUUAAAAAAUAAUCUGGGAUCGAAUUAUACACAGGAUUACACUUCGAACAACAAGCCCGUGGACUUCUCAACAACAUUCGGAGUACUCUUCUCGGGUGUUACGGGAAUUAUGGCUGGCGCGAAUAUGUCGGGCGAAUUGAAGAAUCCCUCGAAGAGCAUUCCAUGGGGCACUUUGUCUGCUGUUUGCUUCACAUUCGUCUCGUACAUCAUUCUCUCGUUCCUCAUGAGCUGCACCACACCCGCUGAGACGAUGCAGAAUAAUUAUCUGUUUCUGAUGCCCAUCAAUCUGUGGCCACCAUUCACCGCCAUUGGCAUUAUGACGGCCACCUUUUCCACGGGUCUCAGCAAUCUCAUUGGCUCCAGUCGCAUUCUGGAAGCACUUAGCAAGGAUCAGGUCUUUGGAUCGCUGCUCAAUUUCGUACUGCGCGGCACCUGGAAGGGCAAUCCCAUUUGUGCUGUCUUAGUUAGUUGGAUACUCGUUGAAUGUGUGCUAUUGAUUGGCUCAUUCAACAUCAUUGCUCAGAUCAAUUCGGUGCUGUUUAUGCUCUCCUAUUUGGCCACGAACCUCGCUUGCUUGGGCAUCGAGUUAACGGGUGCUCCCAAUUUCCGUCCGCUCUUCAAAUACUUUACGUGGCAUACAUGCUUGGUCGGUCUGCUGGGCACACUGAUCAUGAUGUUUGUCAUCAAUCCCAUUUAUGCUUCGUUGUGCAUCAUUCUCUGUCUGAUCUUGGUCAUAGCGCUGCAUCUGUUUUCGCCAGCCACACAGGCAGCCCAAUGGGGCUCUAUUUCCCAGGCGCUAAUGUUCCAUCAAGUGCGCAAGUAUUUGCUUAUGUUGGAUCCACGCAAGGAUCACGUAAAGUUCUGGCGUCCACAAAUUCUGCUUUUGGUGUCGUCGCCACGUUCCUGCUGUCCCCUCGUGGACUUUGUCAAUGAUCUCAAGAAGAGUGGCCUUUAUAUUAUUGGCCACGUCAAGCUGGGCGACUUUAAGGGCGUCGAGGAUGCCGUAGAGAAUCAGCAGUGGUGGCAAUUCCUAGAUCACAUGCGUGUGAAAGCCUUCACCGAGGUCACCAUCAGUCGCAGCAUACGCGAAGGCGUGCAGCAUUUGAUACGCUUAUCUGGCAUUGGCGCCAUGAAACCAAACACCAUUAUACUGGGCUUCUAUGACAAUGAGGCGCCCAAGGAUUUCUUCCAGAAUGGCUCAUCUCCCUAUAAAACUGAUGACUUUAACGAAGGUGAUAUACAAAACUUUCCCAUACGUCGCGACGGUCAGCCGAAGCACUUUGAGGUGCAGGAAUAUGUGGAAAUCCUAUGUGAUACCCUGCGUAUGAAGAAGAACCUGUGCUUGUGUCGCAAUUUCCAGCGGCUGGACAAAAACUUUAUAACCAUAAGCAAACACGUAAAAUACAUCGAUGUGUGGCCCAUUAAUGUAUUCAAUCCCACAACUGGCGAUCCCUUUGACAUGGUCUCGCUCUUCAUGAUGCAAUUGGCUGUCAUCAUGCUGGCCAAAUGGAAGCACUUGCGUGUGCGCAUCUUUCUCUGCGAGGCAAGCGAAGAACGCAGUAUGGGCACUUUUGAAACGAAUGCGCAUCACAUGGACGUGUCUCCCAAGCUGAAGCUGGAGCAAUCGCUGAAAGAGCUGCGUAUCAAUGCGGACAUUGUGGAGAUACAGGAAUGGUGUCGCGAUACGGAAUUCACGCAACAUAGUCGGGUGCUUAAGCAGUUUACGGGCCAGGCGGAUGAGGCAUUGCUGGACGAUGGCGAUGAGAUUGCCGAGGACAAGUUCAAUCGCUCGCUGUUGUAUAUGCAGCGGGUGAAUCAGAUAAUACGGGAUCGCUCCGAUCAAACGGCCUUAUCAUUUAUUUAUUUGGCUGCGCCGCCGAAUCCAACGUUGCCCGACUUCCCAGAUCGCAGCGCCAGUUAUGUGGAGCUGCUAACCGAACUGACGGCUGAGCUGCCGCCAACGAUUCUGGUGCACGGCGUUAGUACAGUGACCUCGACAACGCUUUAAGCGUGGCACAGUGAUAGCACAAAGAAACAGAAACAUAUACAUUCAAAUGGAGGUUAACGAUUUACAGACCGCAUAAAACCAAAUUAAACUAGUUGUUUCUCGCAGUCUCUAACUAUCCUUCCUUACUGUAGACAUAAAUACUUAUUUUAAUCAUUGCGUUUAAACUCAUUAUGUAUUUUUUAACACUCGGACAACUGCACGACUCUCUAACCCCUCUAUCUCUAAUAUCAUUAAAUGAUUUGUACUAAUUGUCAUAUCAGCAAUAUCGCAACUUAUUUAAUACUAUUUAACACCAUGCGGACCAUGCAAAAACAACAAAUUCUAUUUAUAUACUAUAUAUUUGCUUUGGUGCUCGCAGCAAAAAUUCAACGAUUUGUGUGAUUUGUGAAAUGAAAAAAAAAAACAGAAAAGAAA